ACUCCAACCUCUUCGACUCUUGUCAUCUAGUCUUCCCCCACGACACGAUCUCUAUCCAUUUCUGCCGCCGCCGCCGGCGAGUGAAGCUAAGCCGGCAAGGCCUCCCUCGUGGCCGCGCCCACCAUCUAUUCGACGAAAUGUCUGGCACCCAUAGCGACACGGACUGGAUCAGCGCUCUGCCCGAUGGCGUCCUCGGCCACAUCCUCGGGUUCCUUCCCGCGGACGAGGCGGUGCGGACGUGCGUGCUCUCCCGGCGCUGGCUCCACCAGUGGAAGUUCAUGCGUUGCCUGCGGAUCACCUCCCACGGGGUGUGGGAGAAGAGCGCCGACGAAAUCAACAAGUUCAUCAGCAGCCUGCUGCUCCUCCGAGACCCGGGCGCAGCGCUAGAUGAGGUCGAGCUUGAGUUCACCUACGAGCCAUCCGAUGACGACGGCGAUGACGACAAUGAAGACAAUGACGAUGACGACGACAAUGAAGACAAUGAUGACGACGUUCACCUACAUGCUUUGCUGUGCCGGGCUCGGGUGCUUUCGAUCACGCUGUUUGCCGAAUUCAAACUCGUGUUCAACGUCCCUCCUCUGGUCUCCAGGCAUUUGAGAAUACUGGAGCUCACUUUCCUGGACUUGGGCGCCAACAUUCUUGAUUUUUCAAGCUGUCCAUCCUUGGAGGUUCUGGACCUAGAACACUGCAUCAUCAGAACCGGCAAGAUUUCGUCCCAUUCAGUUAAACGUCUGAGCAUCCAAGAUUGCAAGUUCUGCCAUGAUAGCCGGACUCGUAUCUCUGUCCCAGGUCUCGCUAACCUGCAACUUGAGGAGUUCACUGGUAAAGCUCCAUUGCUUGAAAGCAACACAUCAUUAAAAACUGCGAUUCUCUAUCCUUGCUCGGAUGAAUGCUGUGAUGAAGGUGAUUCUGGGGAAUGUUGUGGUACUUGUGCAAAAUGCUGUGGUGAUGAUGACCAUAAAAGUGGCUGUCUCCUUCUUGGAGGUUUGUCCAGUGCUACAUAUUUGAAGUUGAUAACUCCUUCUCCUGAACAGAUUACUUUCAGAAGGGAUUUGAAAUGGUGCCCCACAUUUAUUAAGUUGAAGAAACUAUUUCUGGAUGAUUGGUGCGUGACAGCUGACCUCCGUGGACUAGUUUGCAUGCUUGAGCAUUCACCAAUUCUGGAGAAGCUGACACUUCAAUUGCGUAAGGGACCUCAACGCACUUUGGAAAGGGAGGAGAAUCAUGGUUUGAUGGAGAAAUCAGCCUCUGUAUCAGAGCACCUUAAGAUGAUCACUGUGAAAUGUGAAAAGGUUGAUCAGAGAGUCUCCAAAAUUUUGAAGUUCUUGAGUACAUUUGACAUAGAUAUUACUAUCGAAAAGAAUGGACAAAUUAUUCCGUUUGAAGAGGUGGUGACAAACUUUGGGCUGUCGCUGGAAGUACCACCCCAUGACCAGUCAGGAGUGCAAGGCUGAAGCUUGCUGCUGUCUUUUGUACACAGCAAACUUACAAAUGACAAUGCAAAUCUAUUCGGCCUGGAAUAAUAACAUUACUUUGAAUGCAGUUUUCUUAAAGGUAGAAUGGGUGAAAAGUGAUCCUCAUUUCCUACUAUGUCUGGGUUAUUGCAACUCGUAGUUUCAUACACAGAUUGAUUGAAAGCAUGUCAGGUUGCAUUAUUGGAGAAGUGAAAUAAAAUAAAAGACGUGUUGCAAUGAGAUUGCAUAUGUUUGAUCUAGUUCCAUCCAGGUAAAAGUUAACAUGGAUGAUACCUUCCUAUGAUGUUAGUUGGAGAAAUGUCUGUGCAUGCGCUGUACUACUCUUUUGAUAGUUUCUGGUUGAAGAUCUUGAACAAACAUGCAUAUGUUGGUUUAUGUUGCAAUACACAAACU